AAAAAAAUUGACGUCUCGCGGAAUUGAGGUUAGGUUUUCUGUUUGAAAAUUUUUCUGUCUGAGAAAUCUGGGGCAUCCAGGGUUCCUGGUGAGUGUCCAAAGUGGCAAAAUGAGCCCCCAUGAGGAAAGGUACAAGACAGUGAAGAGUGCUUUUGUGAGGACCCUUGGAAGUUCAAAAAAUCUGCAGGAAGUCAAAGAAAUCUUCAGUCCGGAAGUCAGUCGUCGAAGAUUGGAGCUGAUUGAGACUCCUGAGGACUUGAUAGCCAUCCUGGAAGCUCAGUGUAUCAUUGGGGAAGAUACAAUCUAUGGAUUUCAGAAGAUAUCAGACGCAUUGGAUGAUCCUGGUCUUGUCUGUUUGACACAGAAUUUUCGCCAGAACAUUUCUCAAUUGCCUUCCGCUUCCUGCCCAGCAACUCCAGCAAUCAAUCAGUAUGCUGCCCUGAGAAAGACUCAGUCCCUGAAAACCCUGGAGAAUCAAUCCAAAGCCAAACCUGACAAGGAAGACACUGAAAAUGCCCUCCAGGAAAAGAGAGACACGAUCUUUAAGCUAAUCAGUGAAGAAAUUGGCAGGAAAUGGAUGGACUUUGCCCGUGGCCUGAAAAUGCGUCAAGGGGAAAUUGAUGCAAUCUCUGAUAAUCACAGUAGCAUCCCAGCCAGAGUUUACAUAGUCCUAGAACGUGUGGAAGUGGAAAAACCCCGGGAAUUGUUCAAUCUCAUCUGCCAAGCUUUGCAGCAGAGUCGCCGGAACGACCUUCAGGAACGCGUCAGGAAAAUUCUGCUCGAACAAUAAAACAAAUUGUUUUUUUUUAAUAAAUUGAUUUUAAUUCAAAUAAAUCCCAUGUGAUAUCGAUUGCAA